GUUUCUCACCCCUUCCCUUGCCGUCGACUUCUUCAAGCCCCGAUUUGCAUAAAAAUAUGCUUAUCACAUUGAAUAACCUUCAAGCCGUACUGGCCGAUUUGACAGCUGUGGUCCAGUUUUCCUUGGCCCUCCUCAGUCUGUCCGUUAUUCUUCUCCCUGUGCUUCGAAGGACAGCCCUUUAUUAUAACCUUAUUUACUGUCUCAAUAUCUUUUGCGAGGCCUCCGGCAUCUAUCGUCUUUUAGCCAUCUUUAUACCCGACGAUUAUAGCCGAUUGGCACAAUUGGAAGGCACUCUGAUCACCGAUGUAUGCUUGUCCGCCCAAUUCGAAGACAAGGUCGCUUUUGUAUCGGGUCUAGUCAAUACCGGCAAUUCCUGCUUUCUCAAUUCAGUGUUGCAGGCAUUAUCGUCUUUGCCUAGUUUGCAUGUGUAUUUGGAAAAUGUGAGCCGGUGUCCUGGCCGCUUGCCAGUGACCCGAUCCUUGCUCAAAACGAUGCGCAUGCUGUCGAGACCGCUUCGUUGGCGAUCUUCUUUUCGACCUCGAGAAAUGGUGGCGUCCAUUGCGUCCAAUCGUCGUUUUGUAAAUCGUGAACAACAGGAUGCUCACGAAGUGUUUCAGACCAUUUCCAGCGCCGUGGAAAUGGAAGGGCAAAUGGUCGUCAAGCACGGUUUAUCCACCAAGGACGGAUUAAAGGGCUUGUUGGGCGAAUCACGCAAAUUUUGGCAAGCUCCCAUGGAACGAAAAAAGUCGGCGGGGUCCACAGUGAGUCCUUUCCUCGGCCUUUUGGCAAGUCGACUGUCCUGCAUGCGGUGCGGUUACACGGAAGCCAUCCGGCACUUUUCGUUCAACAACAUUCAAUUGAAUCUUCCGAAUAAGUAUACAACGACGUUGGAGGAAUGUCUAGCGCAGUUCACGUCCAUGGAAUAUUUAAAGGAUGCAUCCUGUCGGAGAUGUUCGCUGAUGGCGACGGUGCGAAAAUUGAGUACGGAAAUGGAGAUGGCCAAGGUGCAAGCCCACCGCGCCAAUACCACGACCGAAAAAAAACGCAGUAUAUUAACGGCCAUUGUGCAAAUGGAUAAAAUGAAGCGGCAUCUUGAGCAACGGCUUGCGGAAGGACGUAUUGAGGAAGAAGGCACGGACUCGAUGACCGUUCCUAUCCAGCGAGUGGUGGGGCAGUCCACCAAACAAUCCAUGCUGGCCAAACCACCCAAAAUCUUGUGUCUGCAUAUUACCCGGUCCGCAUUUCACACGUCGGGCGCUAUUUAUAAAAAUCCAUGCCAAAUUCGAUUUUCGGAAUACCUCGACGUUUCCCCUUACUGUACCAACGGCACCCUCAGUACGCGAGCAAAUUCACCCAUUUCCAGCGUCGUGAGAACGGGCGCCCCCUUGCCUGCCACUUACAAGCUGAUGAGCGUCGUGGUGCAUUACGGGAGCCACAGUUACGGCCAUUACGUUGCCUACAAACGACGUGUGACCACGGCUCACUGCACUUGUCGCCAAUGUCGCGGAGACCAAAGUGCAUGGGAAUCGCAGGAUAAAUGGUACCGUAUCUCGGAUUCCAAAGUAGAUCCAUGUACUAUUGGCGAUGUACUUCAAGCCAACCCAUACAUGCUGUUGUACGAAGCCAUGGAUGAAGUUCAUCACGAUUACAUCCACACACCCCAAGUUCCUUUAGCUUCCAUCAAAGAAUCACCGGAACAAGCGCAGCGACCGUUCCCCUUACCGAGCUCGAUCUAUGACCAGUAUGCAUUAGCCACGGAAGCGUCUUUGGAAGCGUUGAAAGUCGCGACUUCCUUGUUCCAGAGCGAUCACGCAAAAUCAGACGGUGAUGAUGGCAUGGAAACCGACGACGACGACGAUGACGGUGAUGCGGAACUGCAGGCAGCCUAUGCAUCCUUUCAUCCCAAUCAUCCUUCUGCCUCUUCAAGACCUCGGUCCCGCUCCCCUUCUCAAUCUCAAUCUCAAUCUCAAUCUCAAUCUCAAUCUCGGUCGCGGUCCCGAGAACCCAAGAUCCUGCCCACAAAUUGGACAGGCAAUCGUCGAUCAAGCCAACCACUAGCUAUUUAUUAAUCCUUCAUUUCCAUCUGUUUUUUUCUUGAUAUAUUCAUACGAUUUCCUAUUUGGGUUUUGAGGCGUUGUCCCGGUGCCACGCUUAUCAAUUGGAUGGUCAUAAAAAUGGGUAGACAUAUACAAAGAGUUUAUAUCUAUUGCCACUGUUGUGACAAAAAAAGUAGUAAUCAGAAGGAUUGAUCCAAAU